UCACAAUUACGACAGCACAUGAAGGCAGCAGUGGAUCCAGUUGAGAGCACAGUGAGUAGCCCGGUGUCACGCAUGGCUCCCCGGGCGGUCCGGCUCCUGGUCUCUCUGUGCGCUGUCCUGAAUGUGCGCUCGUGCCGCGCGUACACCUGUCCGGCCAUCUGUAGCUGCGGCGCCGACGCGUUUCAGUGCAGCAGAGACACCCAGCUGGCCUCUCGGGCACGAGCAACAAGUAACCGACUAUGGCUUAUGCAUCUGCCCUUGAAAGAAGUCCCCACUCAUGCCUUCAAGGAGCUCAUCGACAUUACAGUAAUAGAGAUCUCCCAGAGCAACUGCAUCACACGGAUAAAUAGACAUGCCUUCCUCUCCCUCCACAGCCUGGCUAAAAUUUCUGUGCAGAACAUCAACAGUCUGAGGGUUAUUGAAAAAGGUGCCUUCACUGACCUCCCCAAGCUGGAAUAUUUGAGCAUCUCCAACACGGGGCUAAUACACUUCCCAGACUUCACAACAAUCUCUUCCCUGGUGCCAAAUGUUAUCCUAGAAAUGGCCGACAACAUGAGGAUUGACAUCAUUCCUGCCAAUUCUUUCCAGGGUAUAACAGAGAAGUCUGUUGACAUGAACCUGUUCAGAAACGGCUUCAAGAAAAUCAAAUCUCAUGCAUUCAAUGGAACCAAGCUCAGCACACUGAUUUUGAGAGACAACUGGUAUCUCAGUGAGAUUGAAGAAGACGCUUUUGAAGGAGCCACAGGUCCGAGUUCUCUGGAUGUUUCCUCCACUGCUCUGAGCUCGCUCCCCCCUACUGGAUUGAGGCAGGUGAGGUUUCUGAAAGCAAGAUUUGCCUUUGCUCUGAAAACCCUCCCUCCACUGGAGAGCCUGGCUGAGCUGCUGGAGGCCGAACUUGAGUACCCCAGCCACUGCUGUGCCUUCCACACAUCGCGCCGGAAACAAAGGGAAAGUGCCUUAAAGAACUUCACAAAGUUGUGUGAUCUCAACGAUACUGAAUUAGAGCCCACUGCAGAUGGCGAGGACCUUGUCGAUUACAACAACUUUCAGUACCCGGACCUGGAAUUUGAUUGUCUUAAAAGCCCCUUGGUCAAGUGCACGCCAAAGACAGAUGCCUUCAACCCCUGUGAGGACCUGCUGGGCUUUCCCUUCCUGCGCUGUCUCACCUGGAUAAUCACCGUGUUCGCUGUGAUCGGUAACCUGGCUGUUCUGGCUAUGCUGCUAAUUAGCCACCACAAGCUAACCAUCUCCAGGUUCCUCAUGUGUAACCUGGCCUUCGCUGACCUGUGCAUGGGACUCUACCUGAUGCUCAUUGCCUUCAUGGAUCACCUCUCCCGUCACGAGUAUUACAACCACGCCACGGACUGGCAGACAGGGCCCGGAUGUGGCAUAGCAGGGUUCUUGACGGUGUUCGCCAGCGAGCUAUCGUUGUAUACACUGACUGUAAUUAGCCUCGAACGCUGGCACACCAUCACCAAUGCCAUGCAUGUCAACAAGAGGCUGCGGAUGCACCACGUGGCGGCCAUAAUGGGGGCGGGCUGGGCCUUCUCUCUGCUGGUCGCCCUGCUCCCUCUGGUGGGGGUCAGCAGCUACAGCAAAGUGAGCAUCUGUCUGCCCAUGGACAUCGACACGCUGGGCUCUCAGUUGUAUGUGGUGGCUGUGCUCAUCCUCAACGUUGUCGCUUUCCUGGUGGUCUGCUCCUGUUACAUAAGCAUAUAUGUGAGUGUUCACAACCCAGAGCACUCUACCCGUCAUGGCGACACCAAGAUUGCCAAGCGCAUGGCUGUGCUCAUUUUCACAGACUUUGUGUGCAUGGCCCCGAUCUCCUUCUUCGCCAUCUCCGCAGCCCUCCGUGUGCCCCUCAUAACCGUGUCUCACUCUAAGAUUCUGCUCAUCGUGUUUUAUCCCAUCAACUCCCUGUGCAACCCUUUCUUGUACACCCUCUUCACGCGGGCUUUUAGGAAGGACGUGUGCCAGCUGCUGAGUCGCUGCAGCUGCUGCCAUGCCAACACGGACUUCUACAGGUCACAGACUCUGGCUUCACACCUCAACUCGACCCAAAAAACUCCCGACAAAAACCUCACUCGCUUAGCUUCUAUGCCUAUCACAUUAAGAUGA